ACACAUUGAACGCGUCGUGGUUGGGAACAACUGUUCGGAGCUUACCGGUGAUGAAAAUGAGCCACAUUUUUACUGGAAACUCAAACAGAGAGAAAAACAUGGGAUUACAUCUGUAACAUGCCAACGGGAAUACGUCAGACAAGAGAUGGCGUGAACUCAACACUCUCAUGAACGCACAUACUGCAGCUUUUACUUAAAAUAUGUUCUACUGAAGAAAGAAUAUCAUACACAUCUGGGAUGGCAUGAGGCCCCUGCCAGUUUGACUGAAAGAGCCAAGACACAUGAAAGCCGGCACGGUCUGAGCUAAGAGGGAUCAUCCUGGGACACCCCCUGCUUCUGAAGACGUGAAGAGAGAAUGAUGGAGAAAUGGAGAGAGGGUGAUGGGAAGUCAAACGCAUCUGGGAUGGAAUGAGUGUGAGAAAAUUAAGAGAAUUUUUAUUUUGGAACUCUCUAGAAACCGUCUAAAUGGAGAUGGCGUAUUUCAAGAACAAUUUUUGGGGAGAGAAAAAUGCUGGUUUCGAUGUUCUCUACCACAACAUGAAGCAUGGACAAAUUGCCACCAAAGAGCUGGCUGAGUUCGUGCGUGAGAGGGCGGCUAUUGAGGAAACCUACUCGAAAUCCAUGAGUAAACUGGCCAAGAUGGCUAGCAAUGGAAGCCCUCUAGGCACGUUUGCCCCCAUGUGGGAUGUGUUCCGUGUGUCCUCGGACAAAGUGGCCCUCUGCCACCAGGAGCUCAUGAGAAAGAUGAACGACCUAAUCCGUGACAUCAACAAGUACAGUGAGGAGCAGGUCAAAAUUCACCGCAAGACGAAAGAGGAGGUGAUUGGGACUCUGGAGGCAGUCCAAUCUCUUCAGGUGCAGAAUGCCCACCUGCAGAAGUCCAGAGAAGGCUACCACAGCAAGUGUGUAGAGCUGGAGAGACUACGCAAAGAGGGAGCGCCUCAGAAAGAGCUGGAAAAGGCUGAACUGAAAUCUAAGAAGGUGGCUGAGUCUUUUGCGGCAUCUAUAGAGAAGUUUAACCGUGCUGGAGGAGACUUUGAACAGAAGAUGAGUGAAUCAGCACAGAAAUUUCAGGAUAUUGAGGAGGCUCAUUUACGACAGAUGAAACUACUGAUCAAAGGAUAUUCCCACUCCAUUGAAGACACGCACGUACAGGUUGGGCAGGUCUAUGAGGAGUUCAAGCAGAAUGUGGAGAACAUUGGCACUGAGAACCUCAUUCAGAAGUUUACAGAGCAGAAGGGAACGGGGAAAGACAGACCAGGUCAAGUCGGGUUCGAGGAGUAUCUGUCCUCACUGGUACCUGAGAACAGUAAAAAGAGUCGUGCGAAAGCCUUCAGGAUCCCUGGCUUGGGAAAGAGAGACAAGGAGCCUGACUCUACGGAUUCAGCUGUCGCAGAUGCUCUUAACUCGCCCCUCGAAGUGGACGACGAGGGCUUUGUGAUACGUGCUGACGUCAAACAGAAUGGUUGUGCUGCUGAGGACAAAGAAGCCAAUUUUUACUCCAGUGACUCGGACUUUGAUGAUGAAGAACCCAAGAAAUUUCACAUUCAGAUCCGACCGUUCACCAGCAGUAGCCGUAGCAACUCGGCAGCUAAUGAACUUGAACUGAAGGCCACAGUGGGGGCGUUGACCCUGGCCACUAACAGAACGGUGUCAGUAAAGAAGCAGCUCUCACGAAACUCCAGUUCAGCUGGUCGAUCUGAAGGGGAAGGAGAAAGUGUUCCCCAGAGAGAUGGAGAACAUGAGGGUCUGCGCAUAUCCACAUCCAGCCCAGACCACAGCAGGUUGAGCUCCACAGCAUCCGGUUCUGAUGCUCUUUUUGGACCUCCUCUGGAGUCAGCCUUUAAAUCCCACAGCUUUAAUGGCAGAGUGCAGCUCCAGAAUGCCUUUGCUGCAUCUGAAUAUGCAGCGUUUUCCUCUGAUUCAUCCUCUCCUGAGAAUGUGGAGGACUCUGGGCUGGAUUCACCUUCCCGUCAGCCUCUUGGGAUGUCCCCAGAGCCCACUGGUUGGGCAGCCUGGCCCCCUACUCGGUCUCAGUCUAAAGACUCUGUGAGCAAGGGCCGAUCCACUGACCCCUUUCUAGCUGUGUACCGUGAUCCCUCGCCGGGUCGGUCUCCUCUCCCACAAGACGACCCCACCAAGGCCUGGCCUUCCAAUCUACAUUCUCCACGUGCACCACCCGACAUCGAGCCCACCACCUUCAGCUUCCCGGCAUUCUCCCACAGCCUUGCAUCUUCGGAACUGGAACCCUCUGUCUGGAGUUGUAAACACAUCCCACCCGAGGACCCCUUCUUUGCUGCUUUUGAGCAGUUGGCCUCCAAGGGUAACCUGCCUCCACCUGAUGCUUGGGCCCUGCCUCCCCCUCGACCAACCAGGGACAGUAGAGGUGUGGAGGGCCGUAUCGACCCCUUUUACAUCUCUCUAAAUGACACUAAGACCCUACCUCCCCCUUCCUCUCUGCGCAAGGACCGAGAAAGGAAAAGAGAUUGUAGUGUCCCACCUCCAGAGUCACCUGACGAUCCAUUCGCCAUUACUAUGAUUGGCAGUCCGACACAUCAGUCGUCGCUGGCAGUGCAAGCAGCUGCUCAAAGCAGAGGCAGUGGGAAUAGGCCGACGCCCAGUCCUAACCCCGCCCCCAGUUCUCAGCCGAAGAAAGAGCUGGUGAACUGGAACUCUGUGCAUAACCCCUUCAGUGAGGGUGUUCAGAACAAUAGCACCAUCACUCAAGAGUCAACCAGAAAGCAGAAAUCUUUCAACAUUGAGCAUCACAGGAAUGGACCGCCGCUCACACGGCAUUCAGGGCCGCAGGAGGACCUCUGCUUCUCUACGGACAAAGACCAGAACUGCCUGGAAAGUAACACACAACCAGUCCACCAGCAUAGUUUCAGGCAGGACAGCACUGAGCGUCUGGCAUUGGCUCCUCCUCGCUCAGUUCGGUCGAAGCGCUCCUCAGGCAGACUCAGUGGCUGUGAGCGGUCUAGGUCACUGUGCUCUUCUCCGCUGCCUGACCCCAGCCCUCCCCUCACCUCCUCAUCCUCUUCCAGCCCCAGUGAUUGGGGGGUGCAGAACCGCGUUCCCAGCCCAGCCCGAGGUUUGUCUCGAGGACCCAGUCCCAUUUCUCUGAGCACUCAGGAGUCCUGGCCUGUGGCUGCAGCCAUUACAGAGUACAUUAAUGCCUACUUCAAAGGAGGAGAACACAACCGCUGUCUAGUUAAGAUCACCGGUGACCUCACUAUGUCAUUUCCUGCUGGCAUCACCCGCCUUUUUACAGUAAACCCCAACACACCAGUACUAAGCUUCCGAUUGGUCAACAUUUCUCGAGUGGACCACAUCUUACCCAAUCAAAAGCUACUCUACAGUGAUCCGUCUCAAAGUGACCCAGGCUCCAAAGAUUUCUGGUUCAACAUGCAGGCCUUAACACUCCACCUGCAGAGAGAGGCGGAGCUCAACCCACAGGCCUCCUAUUACAAUGUGGCUCUGCUUAAAUACCAGGCAUCGUCUCAGGAUCCAGGUCGUGCUCCUCUUCUGCUGUCUGCAGAGUGCCAGCGUAGUGGCACGGUGACCCGUGUGUCUCUGGAUUACCACUGUUGCCCCGCGACUGCCCCGGCCACCCAGCUGACCUCGGUACAAGUGCUGCUGCCUCUUGAUCACACCGCCACAGACUUGCAGUGCCAGCCAACUGCAUCCUGGAACACGGAGGAAAGACGACUACUGUGGAAACUGCCUAACCUCUCCCCAACCAAUCAUAGCAAAGGCUCUGGCACAUUGUGCGCCAGUUGGCAGUGCCUGGAGGUGCCCCGCGGUCCUCCCCCAAGUCUGGCCGUGCAGUUUGUGGGUUUGGGGGCUUCUCUCUCAGGCAUGGACGUGGAGCUGGUGGGUAGCCGGUACCGCAUGUCACUGGUGAAAAAGAGGUUUGCCACAGGAAAGUAUAUGGCCGGUUGUUCUUUGUGAGAGAGGUGAUUGUGCCUGGUCCGGUACCACAGAGGCACAACAACAUUUGCACUUUUUAACCCCCCUGGGCUGGUGGAGCUGUCCACGUGCUACAGUCCUGUAGAAGAGUUCAUAUUGUACAGAGAGUGUGACAUAUGGGAAAUAGCUAAUACCCAUGAUGCAUUACUCUAGGAAAAGUAUGAACUGGAAAUGGGGGCCACAACCAGCCUGAGAUUUGGUGAUCCGUUAUUGGUCUAUGAACGCUGAACAGAUUAUAAUCUCUCAAAAACGUAUCUUUUAUCUGUAUAGAAUUGUUUGUUCUGUGCGCAAACUAUACCUUUAACAAUUGCAAGUUUGAAAAACUGGAUGUACAUUUUUUUCAUUUUUUGUGAAAAUGUGUGAAUAAGUAUAAACAUGUAUAACAGAUAUGAAAAUUCUAAAAUUAUAUUGACAGAAAAAUUGUCUUUCAUGUUCAUGUUUGAGUAUUCAAGAAAAAUGUAAUAUGAAAAUCUUGUUUGAGUCUAUUUUUUAAAUUUACUGUUUUUAGUUUCGUCUUCCCAUAAGAAAUAAGCCAAAUUCACUUUAAAUCAUGUGCAGGAUAUAAAUUAUAGAAAUCAAUAAAUACUAGUUACUAAUAAAAAUGCCAAUUCUUGAUAUCAGAAAUUGAAUUAUUACUAGUUAAAAUGUGCUAAUUUUUGAUAUCAGAAAUUACAUUUGCGCUAGUAAAAACUUUAAUUCUUGAUAUAAAAAGACGUCAUUACUUACAGAAAUACACAUUCUUGAUAUCAAAAACUGAAUUUUAGUUUUGACAUCCGUAACUACAUUUUCACUAGUCAACUUUCACAAUGAGCUUUCAUACAAUCGCAAGCCUUUUUAACAAUUUAAUCAU